UUGAUUCUCUCUCUAGAUUUGUUUAUUGUAGAGAGAGAAAGAGCGUGUUUGGUUUAGCCGUCCCGUUUGUUUUCCUCGUCGUCGUCACCUCUUCAAAGAUAGGGAAAUAAAAAAGCGAAACUUUGAAGAAAAAGGUGGAAUUCGCCACUGUUGGGGGAAAAUGUUUCAAUCGAUCGGAGCUAGGGCUUUGUUCACAAUGAAGAUUCAAAAUGCCCAUUUCUGAGAAUUCCAGCUCCGCUCUCAUUGCCAAGCUUCGGAAUUUAGGGGUUUUUUCGCAUAAAUGGACGUCGAUUCCGCUAUGCCCGGCGAGCCCGAUCAGGAUCCGUCGGCGGACUCCACCACUGCUAAUACGGUUGCGCUUCUGUCCAACGAAUCUCAAUCCUCGUCGCCGCAGCUGCAGCAGGAACAGAGCAAUAAUAGUACUAGCGGGGCGAUUGUGGGCGGACCACGCUGCGCACCGACCUAUACUGUGGUGAACGCGAUAAUUGAGAAGAAGGAGGAUGGUCCAGGCCCGCGAUGUGGUCACACGCUGACAGCGGUGCCGGCGGUUGGGGAGGAGGGGAGUCCUGGGUAUAUUGGGCCGAGGUUAAUUCUUUUCGGAGGGGCAACGGCGCUCGAAGGCAAUUCAGCUGCAUCGGGAACUCCUUCUUCCGCGGGAAGCGCUGGAAUCCGGUUGGCUGGGGCUACGGCCGACGUGCAUUGCUAUGAUGUAUUGGCAAAUAAGUGGUCUUGUGUUACCCCAAUUGGGGAACCACCCACACCUAGGGCAGCUCAUGUUGCCACUGCUGUAGGUACGAUGGUUGUUAUUCAGGGUGGGAUUGGUCCUGCUGGUUUAUCGGCCGAAGAUCUUCAUGUUCUGGACCUUACACAGCAACGACCGAGAUGGCAUAGGGUUGUGGUGCAUGGUCCUGGCCCAGGGCCACGGUAUGGGCAUGUAAUGGCUUUGGUAGGUCAGCGGUAUUUAAUGUCAAUUGGUGGAAAUGAUGGGAAGCGGCCUUUAGCUGAUGUAUGGGCAUUGGACACUGCUGCAAAGCCAUAUGAAUGGAGGAAACUAGAGCCCGAGGGUGAAGGGCCACCUCCAUGCAUGUACGCAACUGCAAGUGCACGCUCUGAUGGUCUUCUUCUGCUUUGUGGUGGAAGGGAUGCGAAUAGUGUUCCACUAGCUAGUGCAUAUGGGCUUGCUAAACACAGAGAUGGUAGGUGGGAAUGGGCCAUUGCACCUGGUGUCUCACCAUCACCAAGGUAUCAACAUGCUGCGGUUUUCGUUAAUGCACGCCUUCAUGUAUCUGGAGGGGCACUUGGUGGUGGACGCAUGGUAGAGGACUCCUCAAGUGUUGCUGUUUUGGAUACCGCAGCUGGAGUUUGGUGCGAUACAAAGUCUGUUGUCACAACACCAAGAACAGGUCGAUACAGUGCUGAUGCUGCUGGAGGAGAUGCAGCAGUUGAAUUAACAAGGCGUUGUAGGCAUGCUGCUGCUGCUGUUGGUGACUUGAUAUUCAUUUAUGGUGGUCUACGUGGUGGGGUGCUUCUUGAUGAUUUGCUUGUUGCUGAAGAUCUGGCUGCUGCUGAAACGACUACUGCAGCUUCUCAUGCUGCAGCUGCGGCAUCCCAUUUGCAGCAAGGGAGUUCACAAGGCACAUAUGGAUAUAAUGAUGAUAGAACAAGGGUUCCUCUAACUGAAUCUGCCGCUGAUGGGGCUGUUGUUGUUGGAAGUCCUGUUGCCCCUCCUGUCAAUGGUGAUAUCUAUACAGAUAUAAGCACAGAGAAUGCGAUGCUACAGGGUUCUCGACAACUAAGUAAAGGUGUCGAGUACUUGGUUGAAGCUGCUGCAGCUGAAGCUGAGGCUAUAAGUGCCACAUUAAAAGCUGCUAAAGCUCGACAAGUUAAUGGAGAAGUUGAGCUGCCAGACAGAGAUCGUGGGGCUGAGGCAACACCAAGUGGAAAACAAACUACAUUGAUUAAACCCGACUCUGCAAUGUCAAAUAAUUCUAUCCCAGCUGGAGUUCGACUUCAUCAUCGUGCUGUGGUUGUAGCUGCAGAGACUGGUGGUGCCUUAGGUGGUAUGGUUAGACAACUGUCAAUUGAUCAGUUUGAAAAUGAAGGCAGACGGGUCAGCUAUGGAACUCCAGAAAGUGCAACAGCAGCUAGGAAACUUUUAGAUCGACAAAUGUCAAUUAAUAGUGUACCUAAGAAGGUUAUUGCUCAUCUUUUGAAACCUCGUGGGUGGAAGCCUCCAGUUCGAAGACAAUUUUUCUUGGACUGUAAUGAGAUUGCUGAUCUUUGUGAUAGUGCUGAGAGAAUAUUUGCAAGUGAACCAAGUGUGCUACAGCUGAGGGCUCCUAUUAAGAUAUUUGGUGAUUUGCACGGUCAAUUUGGAGAUCUUAUGAGGCUUUUUGAUGAAUAUGGAUCUCCUUCUACUGCAGGAGACAUCUCAUAUAUUGAUUAUCUCUUCUUGGGGGACUAUGUUGAUCGUGGCCAGCAUAGCUUGGAAACCAUUACCCUUCUCCUCGCUUUAAAGGUUGAAUAUCAACAUCAAGUACAUUUAAUCCGCGGCAAUCAUGAGGCUGCUGAUAUCAAUGCCCUUUUUGGUUUUCGGAUCGAGUGCAUUGAGCGUAUGGGUGAGAGAGAUGGAAUAUGGGCAUGGCAUCGGAUAAACAGAUUGUUUAAUUGGCUUCCUCUGGCCGCAUUAAUUGAGAAAAAGAUUGUCUGCAUGCAUGGUGGUAUUGGGAGAUCUAUAAACCAUAUCGAACAGAUUGAGAAUAUUCAACGUCCAAUUCCUAUGGAAGCAGGGUCAAUUGUUCUUAUGGACUUAUUGUGGUCCGAUCCCACUGAAAAUGACAGUGUAGAAGGUCUGCGGCCAAAUGCAAGAGGUCCUGGAUUAGUGACAUUUGGGCCUGAUCGUGUCAUGGAAUUCUGUAACAACAAUGAUCUUCAGUUGAUAGUCCGAGCACAUGAAUGUGUAAUGGACGGCUUUGAAAGAUUUGCUCAGGGACACUUAAUUACUCUUUUUUCUGCAACAAACUACUGUGGUACUGCGAAUAAUGCUGGUGCUAUCUUGGUUUUGGGUAGAGAUUUAGUAGUUGUGCCUAAACUCAUUCAUCCGUUGCCCCCUGCAAUUUCAUCUCCUGAAACAUCUCCAGAACGUCAUGUAGAAGACACGUGGAUGCAGGAGCUAAAUGCUAACCGACCACCUACGCCUACUAGAGGCCGACCUCAAGUCACUAAUGAUCGAGGUUCUCUUGCUUGGAUUUAGAAUAUAAUCCCAGAUAACUGUCUACGACAUCUUCUGGCCUUAUGCUAACUCCCGGGCUUUCCAGCCAUGUGUACAUAGCAUGAUACCAUCAGGAGAAUUAUGCAAAGAGGUAUGCUUAUAUGUACUGUGCACAUUCCUCUUUGUGGCUUCAAGGCCUUGAGAUCCCGAUAUGUUUCAUACGGUUGAGGAGCACUCUGAGGAAAAGGCGACGAGAUCAAGCGAGAAAUGUGUAUACUUUUGCAUUUUUUGAGAUGUCUUCUGUACAUGAGAGAUCAAAGUAGUCAGUACUGUCAUUUCUUUGUUGGGUGGGCAGGUUACGGCAUUCAUCAUUAGUUCUUAUAUUUCUCUCUUGUUUCUUAGGUUAGGUGUAUCAUUUUAGUCUUCUUCUAUUUUAAGAGGGGGUGAGGUUUGUAUACGUGGUUGGUGGGAUAUCUCUUGGUCAUUCAUGUAUAAUAAUAGAGUGAGGGUGUUGCCUUGUAUAAUUAGUGUCUACUUUUCCUAUAAUGUUUCCUUUUACAAUUCUUGUUUGGAAUAGCGAUAUAUCUUUUUUGAGUAUUGGCCAUA